UAAAACAGUGCCCUAAAUAGGGUAAAAAACAGUGCACUAUAUAGGUUAAAAAACAGUGCCCUAAAUAGGGUAAAACAGUGCACUAUAUAGGGUAAAAACAGUGCCCUAAAUAGGGUAAAAACAGUGCACUAUAUAGGGUAAAAACAGUGCCCUAAAUAGGGUAAAACAGUGCACUAUAUAGGGUAAAAACAGUGCACUAUAUAGGGUAAAACAGUGCACUAUAUAGGGUAAAACAGUGCACUAUAUAGGGUAAAACAGUGCACUAUAUAGGGUUAAACAGUGCACUAUAUAGGGUAAAACAGUGCACUAAAUAGGGUAAAACAGUGCACUAUAUAGGGUAAAAACAGUGCACUAUAUAGGGUAAAACAGUGCACUAUAUAGGGUAAAACAGUGCACUAUAUAGGGUAAAACAGUGCACUAUGUAGUGUUGUGGCUUGUGUUGAGGAAAGGAUGGUUUUCUGAAUCAGUGUUCUGGAAUGUGUUGCUGUUGAACUGGUGGUUGAUGAGUGUGUAGGGAUGGUGGUUGAUGAGUGUGUAGGGAUGGUGGUGGAUGAGUGUGUAGGGAUGGUGGUUGAUGAGUGUGUAGGGAUGAUGGUUGAUGAGUGUGUAGGGAUGGUGGUUGAUGAGUGUGUAGGGAUGGUGGUGGAUGAGUGUGUAGGGAUGGUGGUUGAUGAGGUGUAGGGAUGGGUGGUGAUGAGUGUGAGGGAUGGUGGUUGAUGAGUGUGUAGGGAUGGUGGUGGAUGAGUGUGUAGGGAUGGUGGUUGAUGAGUGUGUAGGGAUGAUAUAUCUGUGUUGUUCUGCAGUUCUACCGGGAUGCCAAGGACUGGUGGCUGAUGAGUGUAUUGGUGUUGUUCUGUAGUUCUAUCUGUGUUGUUCUGUAGUUCUAUCUGUGUUGUUCUGUAGUUCUAUCUGUGUUGUUCUGUAGUUCUACCGGGAUGCCAAGGACUGGUGGCUGUUUGGGUUCUAUUUCUGUGUUCCGUUGGCGUGUUCCGGCCGUGUUCUACACGCUGAUGACAUGUGAGAUGUUACAUCACAGGAACGGAUCCCUCCGGAUCGCGCUCAGCGAACACCUCAAACAGGUACACACACACACACACACACAUACACACACACACACACACACACACACACACACACACACCACACACACACAACACACACACACCACACCACACACACACACACACACACACACACACACACACACACACACACACACACCACACACACAACACACACACACUACACACACGCGCGUGCUCUCUCUCUCUCACUCUCUACACACACACACACACACACACAACACGGUCUCUCUCUCUCUCACUCUCUCCACACCCCUCACCCCUGUGUGUGCUUGCUGUCUCCCUGUAGCGUCGGGAGGUAGCCAAGGCAGUAUUCUGCCUGGUCCUGAUCUUUGCUCUGUGCUGGUUCCCGCUCCACCUCAGCAGGAUACUGAAGAAGAUGGUUUACAUGUCCCAUGAUGCCGGACGCUGUGAACUGCUCAAGUAGGGACACACGCACACACGUACGCAGGCGCAAAACACACACACACACACACACACACACACACACACACACACACACACGCUAGCACGGACGCACACACACACACAUGCUAGCACGGGCACACGGCUAGCUACUAAAUUGCGACAAUUAAAGGUAAAUUUCUCACAAAAUUGACAUUCAAAUAUAUAUUAUAUUAUUGUAUUCUAGUUUCCUGUUGGUCCUGGACUACUGCAGUAUUAACUGUGUCUGUAGUUUCCUGUUGGUCCUGGACUACUUCAGUAUUAACUGUGUCUGUAGUUUCCUGUUGGUCCUGGACUACUUCAGUAUUAACUGUGUCUGUAGUUUCCUGUUGGUCCUGGACUACUACAGUAUUAACUGUGUCUGUAGUUUCCUGUUAGUCCUGGACUACUGCAGUAUUAACUGUGUCUGUAGUUUCCUGUUGGUCCUGGACUACUACAGUUUUAACUGUGUCUGUAGUUUCCUGUUAGUCCUGGACUACUGCAGUAUUAACUGUGUCUGUAGUUUCCUGUUAGUCCUGGACUACUGCAGUAUUAACUGUGUCUGUAGUUUCCUGUUAGUCCUGGACUACUGCAGUAAUAACCUGUGUCUGUAGUUUCCUGUUGGUCCUGGACUACUGCAGUAUUAACUGUGUCUGUAGUUUCCUGUUGGUCCUGGAUUACUGCAGUAUUAACUGUGGUCCGAGUUUUCCUGUAUAUCCAUGGACUACUGCAGUAUAAACUUGUUCUGUAGUUUCCUGUUGGUCCCUGGACUACUUGCAGAUUAACCUGUGUCUGUAGUUUCCCGUUUGGUCCUGGACUAUUUGUCAGUAUUUAAACGUGUCCUGUAGUUUCCUUCCUGUUGGUUCCUGGACUACUGCAGUAUUAACUGGUCUGUAAAGUUUCCUGUUAGUCCUGGACUACUGACUGCGGUUUAACGGUGUCUGUAAGUUUCCUUUUAGUCCUGUACUACUGCAUUAUUAAACUGUGUCUGUAGUUUCCUGUUAGAGUCCUGGACAUACUGCAGUAUAACUGUGUCUUAGUUUUCCUCCGUCCGGUUAGUCCACAUCAGGACUAACUGCAGUAUUAAAAAAAAAACAAAAAAAAAAAAAUAUAAAAUAAAAAAAAAAAAUUAAAAAAAAAAAAAAAAAAACUCGCAACACUCUGUGGUCUUGUUUUUCCGAGUGUGUCCCUGGACGUACUGCGGUAUUAACUGUGUCGUUAGUUUCCUGUUUGGUCCUUGACUACUGCAGUAUUAACUACUCUCUAACUGUGUCUGUAAGUUUCCGUGUUAGUCUGGACUACUGCAGUAUUAACUGUUUCCUGUAGUGUUUCCUGUUGGUCCUUCUCGGACUACUGCAGUAUUAACUACUGUGGCUGGUAUUUCCUGGUGGUCCUGGACUACUGCCGGUAUGAAAACUGUGUCUAUUAUGUCCUGUUAUCCCUGGACUGACUGCAGUAUUAACUGUGUCUGUAGUUUCCUGUUGUUCCUGGACUACUAAAGUAGUAAAACUGAACUGUGUCUGUAAACAUUUUCCUGUUAGUCCUGGACUACUGCAUUACUAAACUGUGUCUGUAAGUUUCCUGGUGGUUCCCUGACUACUUUACUGCAAGUAUUAACUUGUCUGGGCUGUAGUUUUCCUGUUGGUCCUGGACUAUUGCAGUAGUAACUGUACUGUGUCUGUAGUUUUUAUUUUCCUUUUGGUCAUGGGCUGGACUACUGUCUAAGUACUGUGUCUGUAGUUUCCUCCUGUUGGUCCCUGGACUACUGCGUAUUUAACCUGUGUCCUUUAUUUCCCUGUUGGUCACUCUCUCUCUGGACUACUGCAGUAUUGACUGUGUCUGUAUUUUCACUCCUUCCCUCCCGCGCCCUUUUUCCUCCGUCCCUCCUCCUGUUAGUCCUGGACUACUGCAGUAUUAACUGUGGUGUCUUUAGUGUUCCCCCGUCUGAUCUCCUCCUUCCUCCUCCCUCCUGUUGGUCCUGGACUACUACAAGUAAUUAACUGUGUCUGUAGUUUCCUGUUAGUGCCUGACUACGCAGUAUGAACUGUGUCUGUAGUUUUCCUGUUAGUUCCUGGCUACGCAAGUAUAAAACUAGUGUCUGUAGUUUCCUGUUAGUUCCUGGACUACUGCAGUAUUUAACUGUUCUUUAGUUGUCCAGUGUGUCUGGACUACUGCAGUUUAACUGUGUCUGUAGUUUUCCUGUUGGGGUCCUGGCCUAAUUACUGCAGUAUUAACUGUGUCUGUAAGUUUCCUGUUAUUCCUGGGACAUACUUUGCAGAUUAAGCUGUGUAGCUGAGUAAAAGGUUUUCCUGUUGGUCCUGGACGACUGCAGUAUUAACUGUGGUCUGUAGUUUCUGUUGGUCCUGACUACUGCAUUAUUAACUGUGUCUUGUAGUUUUCCUGAUUAUUCCUGGACUCCUGGCAGUAUUAACUGUGUCUGUAGUUUCCUGUUGGUCCUGACUACUAAAUUAUACUUUGUCUGUAGGUUUCCUCUGUUAGUCCUGGACUACUUACUGUCAGUAUACCCUGUGUCUGUAGUUUCCUGUUGGGGUCCUGGACUUACUGCCGUAUAACUGUGUCUGUCGUUUCCUGUUUGGUCCUGGACUAUUGCAGUAUUAACUGUGUCUUGUAGUUGUCCGUGUUGGUCCUGGAACUACUGCAUAUCACUUGUGGUCUUAUUGUUUCCUGUUUAUCCUGGACUACUGCAGUAUUAACUGUGUCUGUAGUUUCCUGUUAGUCCUGGACUACUGCAGUAUUAACUGUGUCUGUAGUUUCCUGUUAGUCCUGGACUACUGCAGUAUAAACUGUGUCUGUAGUUUCCUGUUAGUCCUGGACUACUGCAGUAUUAACUGUGUCUGUAGUUUCCAGUGGUGUCCUGGACUACUGCAGUAUUAACUGUGUCUGUCAGUUUUUCUGUUGGUCCUGACUACUGCGUAUUACUGUGGUCUGUAUUUUCCUGUUGUUAGUCCGGGACUACUGCAUUAUAACUGUGGCUGUAGUUUCCCUUUUGGUCUGGCUACUGCAGCUAUUAAUGUGUCCUGGAGUGUUCCUGUUGGUCCUUGGACUAGCUGCAGUAUUAACUGUUGUCUGUAGUUUUUCCUGUUAUCUGGACUACUGCAGUAUUAACUGUGUCUGUAGUUUUCCUGGUUGUCCACUGGACUAACUAAAGUAUUAACUUUGUCUGUAAUUUUUCCUGUUAGUCCCUGGACUACUGCAGUAUAAACUGGUCUGUAGUUUCCUCCUGUUAGUCCUGGACUACUGCGUAUAACUGUGUCUGUAGUUUCCUGUUAGUCCUUGACUAGCGCGGAUUACUCUGUGUCUGUAGUUUUUCCUUGUGUCCUUGACUACUGCAGUAUUAACUGUGUCUGUAGUUUCCUGUUAGUCCUGGACUACUGCAGUAUUAACUGUCUGUAGUUUCCUGUUAGUCCUGGACUACUGCAGUAUUAACCGUGUCUGUAGUUUCCUGUUGGUCCUGGACUACUGCAGUAUUAACUGUGUCUGUAGUUUCCUGUUAGUCCUGGACUACUUACAUAUUAAACUGUGGUCUGUAAGUUUCCUGUUAUCCGGCUACUAGCAUAUGAACUGUGUCUGUGUUUGUGUCCUGUAGUUUCCUGUUAGUACCUGGACUACUGCAGUCUAAACGUUCCUGUAGUUUCCUGUUGGUCCUUGCCUACUACAUGUUAACUGUGUCUGUAUUUUCUGUUAGUCCUGGACUACUUACUGCAGUAAUAAACGUCUGUAGUUUCCUGUUAGUCCUGGACUACUGCAGUAUUAACUGUGUUUGUAGUUUCCUGUUAGUCCUGGACUACUGCAGUAUUAACUGUGUCUGUAGUUUCCUGUUGGUCCUGGACUACUGCAGUAUUAACCGUGUUGUAGUUUCAUCCUGUUAUCUGGACUACUGCAGUAUUACUGUGUCUGUGGUUUCCUGUUGGUCCCUGGACUACGGCAGUGUUAACUUGUCUUUGGUUUCCUGUUAGUCCUGGACUACUGCAGUAUUAACUGUGUCUGUAGUUUCCUGUUGGCCCUGGACUACUGCAGUAUUAACUGUGUCUGUAGUUUCCUGUUAGUCCUGGACUACUGCAGUAUUAACUGUGUCUGUAGUUUCCUGUUAGUCCUGGACUACUGCAGUAUUAACUGUGUCUGUGGUUGUGUCUUUAGUUUCCUGUUGGCCCUGGACUACUGCAUCUUAAUCCAUGUCCUGUAUUUCCGGUUAGUCCUGUAUAUGCAUAUUUACUGUGUCUGUUAGUUUUCCGUUUGGACUCCUGGAUACUGCAGCUUAACUGGUGUCUGUGGGUUGUGUGGUAGUUUCCCCCCUGUUGGCCCUGGACUACUGCAGUCUUCCUGUGUCUGUAUUUUCCUGUUGUCCUGUACUACGGCGUAUUAGUGUGUUGUAGUUUCCUGUUGGCCUCUGGACUACUUGCAAGCACUAUUACCGUGUCUGUAGUAUUUCCUGUUAGUCCUGACUACGCAGUAUUAACUGUGUCUGUAGUUUUCCUGUUGGAUCCUGGACUACUGCAGAGUAACCUGUGUCUGUAUUUUUUCCUUUUUUGUCCUGGACUCUGCGUCAGUAACUGUGUCUGUUGUUGGUGUCUGUAGUUCCUGUUGGUCCUGGACUACUUCAUUAUUAACCUGGCCACUUCAACUCCCUGCAGUCACCCUCAUACUCUACGUCGGCAGCAAGAAGUUCAAACGCUUCAAGUAGGACUCUGUGUGUCGUGUACUUUGUGCUCUUUCCAUGUCAAGCCACCUUGCUCAAAUGAUCCAUGAGGUCCUAGUGGCUCUGAUGUCAUAGUGAGGUAAUGGUCAGUGGUCGUGUGAGAGAGAUACGCAGGGACACACAGAGAGGGAGAUGAGAGAGGGAGAGAGGGAGAGAGAGAGGGGGAGGAUGGGGAGAGAGGGUGAGAGAGAGAUAGUGGACUAGUGGUGAGAGAGAGAGAUUGGGGAGAUCGAGAGAUAGCCUCGCGCUCUCUCUCUAUCUAUCUCCUCUCUCUCAUCGCGCGGAUCUCUCCCGCGCGCUCUCGUCUAGGUGUGUUGCUUUUCUUUUGCUCUUUUUUCCCUUCUUUCUUCUCGCCCUUUGCGCGCUGUCUCUCUUUUCUUCCCCGCGUUUUCAUCUUUCUUCGUUUUUCUCUACGCCUCCUUCCUGCUCCCUCCUUCUGUUCUCCCUCUCUCUGUCUCAGUCUCUCCUUCCGCUUUCCCCACUGGGGUGCUCUCAUUUGUCUCUCCCUCUCGCUUGCUUUUCUCCCUGGGAUCUCUUUUCUCUCUCUUGCUCUCUUUCGUUUCCCUUUUUUCUCUCUUGGUUCUGCUCGUUCCUUUCUCUCUCUACUGUCUCUCUUCCUUCCCACACCGCAAACCCGAGCCGCUCUUACUAUUUUUUCUUUGUCGUUUUUAAUUUUUUUUAGUCUUCUCUCUCUCUCCGUUUGGCUCAUUCUUUUCACUUUUUUCUCUAUCGCCAUCGCUCUCUCUCCUCUCUUGCUCUUUCGUUUUUUGGGGGGGCCCCUCUUCUACCCUCUCUACUCUACAGUUUGUCUCAUUGCUUUUUUUAUCUCUAUCCCUCUCUCUAUGCCGCCCCUUCUUUGAUCGACUUGUUUUCGCGUAGGCCAUCUCUCUCUCCGCUGGUUCCACUUGUUGAGUGGGAGAGGUAGGCCAGAGAGAGAGACAGGGGAUAGUGGGAUUGUGGGGAAGGAGCAGAGAGAGAGAAACAGGGGGAGAGGAAGUUGGGGAGGAGCAAGGAGAGACAGGGGAGAAGGGAGUGUGGUUGAGAUGACCAGAGAGAGAGGACCGUGGGGAGAAACUUAGAUAGAGAACCUAGAUAAGAGGAGGGAUGAAAUACAUAGUCAUCCAUGAUGUUGACCCGCAGAUAUGUUCUGGGAAGAGUGUCCCUGUGUUAACUCAGUCAGUCCUCUGCACUCUCCCUCCAUCCCUCUCCCUCCAUCCCUCUCCCUCCAUCCCGCGCCCCCAUCCCUCUCCCUCCAUCCCUCUCCCUCCCUCCCCUCCCUCCAUCCCUCUCCUCCAUCUCUCUCCCUUCCAUCCCUCCUCCUCCAUCCCUCUCCCCUCCAUCCCUCUCCCCUCCAUCCCUCUCACGCCUCUCCCUCUCCCUCCAUCCUCUCCCCCAUCCCCUCCCUCCACCCUCUCCCUCCAUCCCUCUGCCUCCAUCCCUCCAUCCCUCGCCCUCCAUCCCUCUCCCUCCAUCCCUCUCCCUCCCAUCCCGCUCCCUCCCUCCCUCUCCCCCAUCCCUCCAUCCUCCAUCCUCUCCCUCCAUCCUCUCCUCCAUCUCUCUUCCCUCAGCUCCCUCUCACCUCCCUCCUCUCCCUCCCAUUCCCUCUGCCUCCAUCCCUUCUCCCUCCAUCCCUCUCCCUCCACCCCCUCUCCCUCCAUCCCGCUCCCUCCAUCCGUCUCGCCUCCCAUCCCUCUCCCCCAUCCCUCCUCCCCCAUCCCUCUCCCUCCAUCCUCAUCCCUCUCCCCCAUCCCUCCAUCCUCGUCCCCUCCCCUCUCGCCCUCCCGUCCUCUCCCUCCAUCCUCUCCGCCAUCCCUCUCCCUCCCUCCAUUCCCUCUCCCUCCAUCCCUCCAUCCCGUCCAAUCCCUCGCCCUCCAUCCCUCUCCUCCCAUCGCCUCUCCCUCCAUCCCUCUCCCGCCACCCUCGCCCUCAUCCCUCCAUCCCUCCAUCCCUCGCCCUCUCCCUCAAGCCCUCUCCCUCCAUCCCUCUCCCUCCAUCCCUCUCCCUCCAUCCCUCUCCCUCCAUCCCUCUCCCUCCAUCCUCUCCCUCCAUCCCUCUCUCCUCUAGUCGUGUCUCUGUUGUUGGUGUGACUCCAGUUCCUUGGUCAACAGUACGGUACCUCUCAACCUCAAUGGAACCAGCCUGCAGUCCCUCAUAACCCCCCCCCCUGAUCACCAGUAUGUACAUCUCCACCUCAAUGGAACCAUAGCCUGCAGUCUAGAACCCUGAAUCCACAGAUGUACCUCUAACCUCAAUGGAACCAGCCUGCAGUCUAAAAAACCUGAUCAACAGUACGGUACCUCUCACCCAAUUGAACCAGCCUGCAUUCUAAGAACCCGUGAUCAACUUAUUGUACCUUCUGAUCCUCAUGGAACCUGCCUGCAUUCUAAGACCCUGUCAACAGUAUUGGUACCCUCUGAUCCUCAAUGGAACCAGCCUGCAUUCUAAGAACCCUGAUCAACAGUAUGGUACCUCUCAACCUCAAUGGAACCAGCCUGCAGUCUAAGAACCCUGAUCAACAGUAUGGUACAUCUCAACCUCAAUGGAACCAGCCUGCAGUCUAAGAACCCUGAUCAACAGUGGGUUGGGGGAGUUGUGUGUGUGUGUGUACAACAAUGGAUCGGAUGCCCUCUGGCGUUUAUUCACUAAGAUGCACUAUUUUUUGGGACUAUAUACAGUGCAUUCGAAAAGUAUUCAGACCCCUUGACUUUUUCCACAUUUUGUUACGUUAUCCUUAUUCUAAAAUUGAUUAAAUAGUUUUUUCCCCUCAUCAAUCUACACACAAUACCCCAUAAUGACAAAUCAAAAACAGGUUUGUUGAAAUGUUUGCAAAUUCAUAAAAAUACUAUUUACAUAAUGGGUAUGACGCUACAAGUUUGGUACACCUGUAUUUGGGGAGUUUCUCCCAUUCUUCUCUGCAGAUCCUCUCAAGCUCUGUCAGGUUGGAUGGGGAGCGUUGCUGCACAGCUAUUUUCAGGUCUCUCCAGAGAUGUUCGAUCGGGUUCAAGUCCGGGCUCUGGCUGGGCCACUCAAAGGACAUUCAGAGACUUGUCCCGAAGCCACUCCUGCGUUGUCUUGGCUGUGUGCUUAGGGUCGUUGUCCUGUUGGAAGGUGAACCUUCUCCCCAUUCUGAGGUCCUGAGCGCUCUGGAGCAGGUUUACAUCAAGGAUCUCUCUGUACUUUGCUCUGUUAAUCUUUCCCUCGAUCCUGACUAGUCUCCCAGUCCCUGCCUCUGAAAAACAUCCCCACAGCAUGAUGCUGCCACCACCAUGCUUCAUCGUAGGGAUGGUGCCAGGUUUCCUCCAGACGUGACGCUUGGCAUUCAGACCAAAUAGUUCAAUCUUGGUUUCAUCAGACCAGAGAAUCUGGUUUCUGAUGGUCUGAGAGUCCUUUAGGUGCCUUUCUGCAAACUCCAAGUGGGUUAUCAUGUGCCUUUUACUGAGGAGUGGCUUCCGUCUGGCCACUCUACCAUAAAGGCCUGACUGGUGUAGUGCUGCAGAGAUGGUUGUCCUUCUGGAAGGUUCUCUCAUCUUCACAGAGGAACUCUGGAGCUCUGUCAGAGUAACCAUCGGGUUCUUGGUCACCUCCCUGACCAAUGCCCUUCUCCCCCGAUUGCUCAGUUUGGCCCGGCGGCCAGCUCUAGGAAGAGUCUUGGUGGUUCCAAACUUCUUCCAUUUAAGAAUGAUGGAGGCCACUGUUUUCUUGGGGACCUUCAAUGCUGCAGAAAUGUUUUGGUGUCCUUCCCCAGAUCUGUGCCUCGACACAAUCCUGUCUCGGAGCUCUACGGACAAUUCCUUCAACUUCUGUCUUGGUUUUUGCUCUGACAUGCACUGUCAACUGUGGGACCUUAUAUAGACAUGAGUGUGCCUUUCCAAAUCAUGUCCAAUCAAUUGAAUUUACCACAGGUGGACUCCAAUAUUUGAGAUUCUUCAAAUAGCCACCCUUUGCCUUGAUGACAGCUUUUUACAGUCUUGGCAUUGUCUCAACCAGCUUCAUGAGGUAGUCACCUGGAAUGCAUUUCAAUUAACAGGUGUGCCUUCUUAAAAGUUAAUUUGUGGAAUUUCUUUCCUUCUUAAUGCGUUUGAGCCAACCUGUUGUGUUGUGACAAGGUAGGGGUGGUAUACAGAAAAUAGCCCUAUUUAGUAAAAUACCAAGUCCAUAUUGUGGCAAGAACAGCUCAAAUAAGCAAAGAGAAACGACAGUCCAUCAUUACUUUAAGACAUGACGGUCAGUCAAUACGGAGCAUUUCAAGAACUUUGAACGUUUCUUCAAGUGCAGUCACAAAAACCAUCAAGCGCUAUGAUGAAACUGGCUCAUGAGGACCGCCACAGGAAAGGAAGACCCAGAGUUACCUCUGCUGCAGAGUUAACUGCAUCUCAGAUUGCAGCCCAAAUAAAUGCUUCACAGAGUUCAAGUCAUGGACACAUCUCAACAUCAACUGUUCAGAGGGGACUGUGUGAAUCAGGCCUUCAUGGUCGAAUUGCUGCAAAGAAACCAUUACUAAAGUACUGCUUGGGCCAAGAAACACGAGCAAUGGACAUUAGACCGGUGGAAAUGUGUCCUUUGGUCUGGAGUCCAAAUUGGAGAUUUUGGGUUCCAACCGUCGUGUCUUACAAGACGCAGAGCAGGUGAACGGAUGAUCUCUGCAUGUGUAGUUCCCACUGUGAAGCAUGGAGGAGGAGGUGUUAUGGUGUGGGGGUGCAUUGCUGGUGACACUGUCAGUGAUUUAUUUAGAAUUCAAGGCACACUUAACUAACAUGGCUACCACAGCAUUCUGCAGCGAUACGCCAUCCCAUCUGGUUUGCGCUUAGUGGGACUAUCAUUUGUUUUUCAACUGGACAAUGACCCAACACACCUCCAGGCUGUGUAAGGGCUAUUUUACCAAGAAGGAGAGUGAUGGAGUGCUGCAUCAGAUGACCUGGCCUCCACAAUCCCCCAACCUCAACCCAAUUGAGAUUGUUUGGGAUAAGUUGGGCCACAGAGUGAAGGAAAAGCAGCCAACAAGUGCUCAGCAUAUGUGGGAACUCCUUCAAGACUGUUGGAAAAGCAUUCCAGGUGAAGCUGGUUGAGAGAAUGCCAAGAGUGUGCAAAGCUGUCAUCAAGGCAAAGGGUGGCUAUUUGAAGAAUCUCAAAUAUAAGAUAUAUUUUGAUUUAUUUAACACUUUUUUGGUAACUACAUGAUUCCAUAUUUGUUAUUUCAUAGUGUUGAUGUCUUCACUAUUAUUCUACAAUGUAGAAAAUAGUAAAAAUAAAGAAAAACUCUUGAAUAAGUAGGUGUGUCCAAACUGUUGACUGGUACUCUAUGUAAAUGUGCAAAUAUUUAUAGAAACCUGUUUUUGCUUUGUCAUUAUUGGGUAUUGUGUGUAGAUUAAUGAGGAAUUGUUUUUAUUUAAUCGAUUUUAGAGUAAGGCUGUAACAUAACAAAAUGUGGGAAAAGUCAAGAGGUCUAAAUACUUUCCGAAUGCACUAUACACCUCAUUCAGUAUUUUUGGUACUAUAUAUACACCAUGCAGUAUUUUCGGGACUAUAUAUAUAUACACACCAUGCAGUAUUUCCAAACAAUUCAACACUUCACUGUUUGAGCUCCGUAACUUUGGUAGGGGAGAGAGGUCUCCAUGACAAUGAGAUUAGAGGUUACCAUGGAGAUGAAUGAUUGACAGCUUGCUGGCUGGACACCUAGCACAGGAAGCGGAAGAGCCUAUGAAGUUGCCCCCUAGUUUAGACACUCGCUGAUCCAAGAUCAGUUUGGUGUUUCCUUUCUGAUGUUUAAAGUUUAGGAUGUGGGUUGGUUAGGCUGAUCCUUGAGCUGUUGUUAGGGGUAAAUGCUUCACAUAGCAGACAGCAGACCUACUGUGUAUAUGGAUUAUCAGUAGGUCUCAGAGAUCUUUUGUCUGGGCUUAGCCUGGUUCCACAUCUGUUUGUGCUGUCUUGUCAACUCAAAGGCUCUUAAUGGAGUUAGUGUAGCUGAUGUGAAAUAGCUACCUAGUUAGCGGUGUGAAAUGGCUAGCUAGUUAGCGGUGUAAAAUGGCUAGCUAGUUAGCGGUGUGAAAUGGCUCGCUAGUUAGCGGUGUGCUAGUAGCGUUCAAUCGGUGAUGUCACUCGCUCUGAGACCUAGAAGUAGUUGUUUCCCCUUACUCCACAAGGGCUGCGGCUUUUGUGGAGCGAUAGGUAACGGUGCUUCGUGGAUGACAGUUGUGGCUGUGUUCAGAGAGGGUCCCUGGCUCGAGCCCAGGUUGGGGCAAGACGAAGGGGGUCCCUGGUUCGAGCCCAGGUUGGGGCAAGACGAAGGGGGUCCCUGGCUCGAGCCCAGGUUGGGCAAAGACGAAGGGGGUCCCUGGCUCGAGCCCAGGUUGGGGCAAGACGAAGGGGGUCCCUGGCUCGAGCCCAGGUUGGGGCAAGACGAAGGGGGUCCCUGGCUCGAGCCCAGGUUGGGGCAAGACGAAGGGGGUCCCUGGUUCGAGUCCAGGUUGGGGCAAGACGAAGGGGGUCCCUGGCUCGAGCCCAGGUUGGGGCAAGACGAAGGGGGUCCCUGGCUCGAGCCCAGGUUGGGGCAAGGAGAGGGAUGGAAGCAAUACUGUUACAUUGGCAAGACAGCACAAACACCCUAGUCUGGAUACUCCAUAGUAGACACCCUAAGAAGGGUUUGGGUUGGGCCAGAAACACACACCACUAAUAUCCAUGGUUUUAUAUCAUUUUUCAAAGUAUUUAAGGGAGUGUAUUCUACAGUAACUAUUGUGUUAUAAACUGUUUUUUUUUUUUAUAUGUAAGAAUUGAGAAACAUGUAUAUUUUGUGUUGGUGGUGUUUUUCUAUCUUGACAUUGUGCACCGACAGGAGAAAAUAAAGAUAUAUUUUCUAACAUUCAAGAAAAGUUACGGUACUCUACUCAAUGUGUUGGAGGUGUCUUUCUAUCUUGACACUGAGAGGAGAUGUAAAGGUAUAUAUUAGAAGAGUUACGGUACUCUACUCAAUGUGUUGGAGGUGUCUUUCUAUCUUACACUGAGGUGAAUUUAAAGGUUUAUUAGAAGAGUUACGGUAUUUCUAUCAAAUCGUGAGGGGUUUAACAAUGUGUUCCAAGAAGGCUUUAAAGUAGUAGAAAAAUCUAGGAUCAACAGAUGGAGAUCAAAGUGAUACACGAGAUAGUACUCAAUGGAUCACAUAAGAUCUAGAGAUCUCAUGUUUGAUGCAAUUCCAUAUCAGCAACGUGCCAUAGUUGUCUUUACUACUAAAGACGGAUCUUGACGAAGCCUACGAAGAGAUCUGCAGAGAACAUUGAUCGAGAGCUAUCCCUGAAAGCAACCAUGCUCUGGCUCUACAUCCCCGUCUCCUCCUAGCGCUCUACUAUACAGUCUAUAAAGCAUGAAAAGCAGAUCUUCCUACCAUCCUCUACCCCUCUCCCUCCUCUCCCCUCGCUCUCCUGCUCUCUCUCUCUCUCUCGCUCUCUCUCUCUCUCUCCCUUGCUCUCUCUCCCCCUCUCUCUCCAUUGCUCUCUCUCUCUCUCUCUCUCUCUCUCUCUCUUCUCUCUCUCUCUCUCUCCCUUGCUCUCUCUCUCUCUCCCCCUCUCUCUCUCCCUGCAUACUUUACUGCUCUGUCUUCUGUAGAAACCAACCCAGGGAACCAAUAUGGAGUAAAUCUCUUUACAAGUUGUUGACAGAUGUAGUCAGUGUUCCUAUCUACACCGCAGCUUCCUCUACUCAAUAUCCUGCUACUGCUGUCUCUGUGUGUGUGUGUGUGUGUGUGGUGUGUGUGUGUGUGUGUGUGUGUGUGUGUGUGUGUGUGUGUGUGUGUGUCUGUCUGUGUGUGUGUUGUGGUUCCCUUCCAUCUGACACAUUAAUUUCACUGUUAAACUUUACACUUUAGUUUUCCAUAUUAGUUCAACUGCUUACUUAUUAGAUUUGCUCAAAACUACACUCGUGAAACGUGACAGUGCAUCACAUGGUAUAAAUCUUGAACGAUUCUUUGAUUCUGAACAGAGCUCAACUCACCCGAGAUGGGGAAACUUGUCUGUCUGGAUCACAGAAUUAGGAAUUAGGAAUACUAAUCGGGUGGCAGUUAGCCCUAGCGGUUAAGAGCGUUGGGCCCUGUAACAGAAAAGAUGCGGUUCGAAUCCCCGAACCGACUAGGUUAAAAAAAUAUGUUGAUGUGCCCUUGAGCAAGGCACUUAACCCUAGUCGCUCUGGAUAAGAGCAUCUACUAAAUGACUAAAAACGUAAUUGAAUAGCAUCUUUAAGGUGCCACAUUGGAAUGUCUGCACUCACUAACUGUAAGUCGCUCUGGAUAAGAGCGUCUGCUAAAUGACUAAAAUGUAAAUGACAAUGUAAAUGAUAGUUCCGUACGACGUAGCGACAUCUAGUGGCCAAUGAUGAACACUACAGCAUUGUAUUUCUCGGACCCAUAAUAAACGAUGCCUACCUCGGCUGGCAUGUAAAAGUCACCAGUAAGGCUACCGACUGUAAUAUAUGGAGCUAUACACCUUUAAUGAUAGUCCAUAACUCCCCUUGUGUUUAACAGCCAAUCAGUAUCACUCUUGAGGUUGAAGGUCAAGGGGAUAUGUAAAUGAGCGGUCUUGCGGUUUGAAGUGUGCCUGCGUGCACGGUGUUAAUUCUUACCAUGCUUCAGAUGUAAAGCUAAAAGGAAUAGUACUUCAGUCUCCAUUGUCAAGUUAAUUCUGCCGUGCACAGACCGAUCCAAUAUGCUUCAAAUAACUAACAUUGUGGUGAAUUGUAUUAUUUCUGAAAAUGAUCCACUAGUGUUGUUUUGUUUUACCGCCCCUCCCUGCUCACAUAUGACAAUGAGGGGGGGUAACUGAACUGGCCACGUGACCUGAUGAUGCUGGAAGGAUGCUAGCUCUGGUCCAGGGUGUUAGUGCGCGUUCCUCCUCUAACUAAGUAGAGGAACAUACGUAACACCCUGGACCAGAGCUAAAAUUACGUAUAUGACGGUUUGUUGUGAGGUGAGCGUCAACGUGGAACCGCAUGCGUUAUUAUUUGAUGUGGAAUUUCGCAGCCACCUCGGACGCAGUCCUUGUUCAGGAUUUCAUUCAGUCAGUUCGCGAUCAUUUUGGAUUAUAAAGUAAAGCUCUCCAGAUCGGAAUGGAUGAAGCGCGUUAAAGCAACGUUGCUUGGCUACAAUGCAGGAAUAUUGCUUCGUUGCUUCGGCUACAACGGGCGGCAGGUAGCUUAGUGGUUAAGAGCGUUGUGCCAGUAACCGAAAGGUCGCUGGUUCUAAUCCCCGAGCUGACUAGGUGAAAAAUCUGUCGAUGUGCCCUUAAGCAAGGCACUUAACCCUAAUUGCUCCUGUAAAUCGCUCUGGAUAAGAGCGUCUGCUAAAUGACUACAAAAAACAAAAAAAAUAAUAAAAAUAAAAAUAAAGAAUAUACAGAUGGCUAUUUAGGAAAGCUGCACAUGACUAGGCGAAGACAAUGUUACAACAAUAACUGAAAGAUGCUUGUCUAGCGUUAGGUUUGUAGUCACUGGAGUUUAGGAUAUUGACGUGAUCACUUGUUAUUUUGUAAACAAACGGUAGGCUACACAACCUGAGAUACAGAAACCUGUUAUCAGGUAGGUACACACCUGGUACCCCUGUAACACUACACACAACCUGAGAUACAGAAACCUGUUAUCAGGUAGGUACACACCUGGUACCCCUGUAACACUACACACAACCGGAGAUACAGAAACCUGUUAUCAGGUAGGUACACACCUGGUACCCCUGUAACACUACACACAACCUGAGAUACAGAAACCUGUUAUCAGGUAGGUACACACCUGGUACCCCUGUAACACUACACACAACCUGAGAUACAGAAACCUGUUAUCAGGUAGGUACACACCUGGUACCCCUGUAACACUACACACAACCUGAGAUACAGAAACCUGUUAUCAGGUAGGUACACACCUGGUACCCCUGUAACACUACACACAACCUGAGAUACAGAAACCUGUUAUCAGGUAGGUACACACCUGGUACCCCUGUAACACUACACACAACCGGAGAUACAGAAACCUGUUAUCAGGUAGGUACACACCUGGUACCCCUGUAACACUACACACAACCUGAGAUACAGAAACCUGUUAUCAGGUAGGUACACACCUGGUACCCCUGUAACACUACACACAACCUGAGAUACAGAAACCUGUUAUCAGGUAGGUACACACCUGGUACCCCUGUAACACUACACACAACCUGAGAUACAGAAACCUGUUAUCAGGUAGGUACACACCUGGUACCCCUGUAACACUACACACAACCUGAGAUACAGAAACCUGUUAUCAGGUAGGUACACACCUGGUACCCCUGUAACACUACACACAACCUGAGAUACAGAAACCUGUUAUCAGGUAGGUACACACCUGGUACCCCCUGUAACACUACACACAACCUGAGAUACAGAAACCUGUUAUCAGGUAGGUACACACCUGGUACCCCCUGUAACACUACACACAACCUGAGAUACAGAAACCUGUUGUCAGGUACACACCUGGUACCCCUGUAACACUACACACAGCCUGAGAUACAGAAACCUGUUGUCAGGUACACACCUGGUACCCCUGUAACACUACACACAGCCUGAGAUACUAACCUACUAUCUGGUUUAAGACCUCACACUGCAGAAUAGAACUAUGAAACAUUACCCUAGAACACUGAGUCAGACAUUCCGUUGGUUCAUAAGAUUCUGGAAUGGCUGGACAUUCUAGGUUCUAUUCAGACCUACGCAUCUCUAUGGUAACAGGACUAGUUGAGGAGUUGUCACAAGACAAGGCUGCUCAAAUAGCAGUCAACACACGCUGCCACGCUGUCAUGCUGCCACGCUGCCACGCUGCCACGCUGUCACGCUGCCACGCUGCCACGCUGCCACGCUGUCACGCUGCCACGCUGUCACGCUGUCAUGCUGUCACGCUGCCACGCUGUCACGCUCUCACGCUGUCACGCUGCCACGCUGUCACGCUGCCACGCUGUCACGCUGUCAUGCUGCCACGCUGCCACGCUGUCACGCUGCCACGCUGCCACCCAUCUACACACAAUACCCUAUAAUGAGUGAAAACAUGUUUUUAGAAAUGUUAGCAAAUUUAUAAAAAAAAUGAAUACAGAAAUAACAGAUUUACAUAAGUAUUCACACCCCCUGAGUCAAUAUUUUGUAGGAGCACCUUUGGCAGCGAUUACAGCUGUGAGUCUUUCUGGGUAAGUCUCUAGGCUUGCCAUUACAAAAGGGUUGAAUACUUAUUGACUCAAGACAUUUCAGCUUUUCAUUUUGAAUUAGUAUUUUUUCUUUUUAAUACAUUUAAAAAAAUAACAUAAUUCCACUUUGACAUUAUGGGGUAUAGGCUGUAACACAACAAAAUGUGGAAGGAUUUGUGAAUACUUUCUGAAGGUCACUGUAUACCUACAGAUACCGUAUAUCACUAUAGAUACCGUAUAUCACUAUAGAUACCGUAUAUCACUAUAGAUACCGCAUAUCACUAUAGAUACCACAUAUCACUAUAGAUACCGUAUAUCACUAUAGAUACCGCAUAUCACUAUAGAUACCGUAUAUCACUAUAGAUACCGUAUAUCACUAUAGAUACCGCAUAUCACUAUAGAUACCGCAUAUCACUAUAGAUACCGUAUAUCACUAUAGAUACCACAUAUCACUAUAGAUACCGCAUAUCACUAUAGAUACCGUAUAUCACUAUAGAUACCGUAUAUCACUAUAGAUACCGUAUAUCACUAUAGAUACCGUAUAUCACUAUAGAUACCGUAUAUCACUAUAGAUACCGUAUAUCACUAUAGAUACCACAUAUCACUAUAGAUACCAUAUAUCACUAUAGAUACCACAUAUCACUAUAGAUACCGCAUAUCACUAUAGAUACCGUAUAUCACUAUAGAUACCGUAUAUCACUAUAGAUACCGUAUAUCACUAUAGAUACCGUAUAUCACUAUAGAUACCGUAUAUCACUAUAGAUACCGUAUAUCACUAUAGAUACCGUAUAUCACUAUAGAUACCGUAUAUCACUAUAGAUUGGUCUACCAGUCAUCACUAUCUAAAGACGCAGAAACUAUAACUACAUUUUAGUCAUUUAGCAGAUGCUCUUAUCCAGAGCAACUUCGGUUAGGUGCCUUGCUCAAGGGCACAUCAACAGCCUUUUCACCUAGUCGGCUCGGGGAUUCGAACCAGCGACCUUUUUUUUGUUACUGGCCCAACGCUCUUACCGCUAGGCUAACUACAUAUAUUACAAUAGACUGAAAUACAGGUAGCCAUUAUAACUGCAUAUAUUACAAUAGACUGAAAUACAGGUAGUCAUUAUAACUACAUAUAUUACAAUAGACUGAAAUACAGGUAGUCAUUAUAACUACAUAUAUUACAAUAGACUGAAAUACAGGUAGUCAUUAUAACUACAUAUAUUACAAUAGACUGAAAUACAGGUAGUCAUUAUAUCACCAAAGCUUUAUGUUUGUGGCAAAUCCAACACAACACAUCACUGAGUACCACUCUUCAUAUUUUCCAGCAUGGUGGUGGCUGCAUCGUGUUAUGGGUAUGCUUGUCAUCGGCAAUAAAACAUUUAGGAUAAAAAUAAACGGAAUAGAUCUAAGCACAGGCAACAUCCUAGAGGAAACCCUGGUUCAGUCUGCUGUCCACCAGACACUGGGAGACUAGAGGAAAACCUGGUUCAGUCUGCUGUCCACCAGACACUUGGAGACUAGAGGAAAACCUGCUUCAGUCUGCUUUCCACCAGACACUGGGAGACUAGAGGAAACCCUGGUUCAGUCUGCUUUCCAACAGACACUGGGAGAUGAAUUCACCUUUCAGCAGGACAAUAACCUAAAACACAAGGCCAAAUAUACACUGGAGUUGCUUACCAAGAAGACAAUGAAUGUUCCUGAGUGGCCUAGUUACAGUAUUGACUUCAAUCUGCUUGAAAAUCUAUGACAAGACUUUAAAAUGGUUGUCUAGCAGUGGCGGCUCCUGAAAAAAUUCUCAGGAGGGGCAAUUUUUCUGAUGAUUUAGGUGACCUACACACAUUUUAAAAAAGAUAUGUCCAGCAACAACAUGAAGACAGGGGCAGCAUAUAAGUCAAUACCAGAAGCAUUUAUUGACUGAUCUCAAAAGUGUUGGCUUACAAAAGCAAAAUAAGUUAUCACAGUAAAAAUAAUCAAGGGUGUUCUUUCACAUUCCUCAACACUGCAUAAACAAUAUGCAUUUCCAUAAAACACCUCAUCUAAUUGUGCCACAAAGUUGACAAGUCCAGGAUAUACUGUCAAGACAUAUCUCCGCCCUAACAAUAGGAGUAUUUGUCCACAAAGCGGUGUUGCGGGCUGACUGAAAAUGCAUAGCCAUCUCGAGACAACUCCGAUAUAAAGUGUUUUUUUUUUCUUCUCACAGUUGGCUGGAAUCACGUGUCCUACUUAAAUCAGUACACUCGUAACCAGUGGCGGCUCCUGAAAAAAUUCUCAGGGGGGGCAAUUUUUCUGAUGAUUUAGGUGACCUACACACAUUUAAAAAAAGAUAUGUCCAGCAACAACAUGAAGACAGGGGCAGCAUAUAAGUCAAUACUGAUAUACACAUUACUUGCUUCAAAAAGGCCUCAUGGUUGAAUUGGAAAUAUGUGCACCUGAGCAUAAUUCACAACAAGCAAGCAGGAGCUUUUGAUAGAGGCUACUGAAAACAUUGAUGCAAGUUAUUAGUAAUAAGACAUUUUUAUAGACUUCCAUAUUCUGCCCUCUUGUAUAGAUUUGUGAAAAUGAACAGUGAUAGACAUUUUGCCUGAAAACAGAAUUUGAAAAUAAUUUCUAGAAAAGGUAAACACAGCUAUCUGUAUGGCUUUGUAAAAAUGAACAACCAUAUUCUGGCCAAUUGUAUAGAUUUGUAAAUAUGAACAACCAUAUUCUGGCCAAUUGUAUAGAUUUGUAAAAAUGAACAUGAACAGAUUUUUAUUUAUUUAUUACUUUAAAAAAAAUGAAAUAUAACUAUUUUAAACAACAUCAACUGUGGACUGAUUUGGGCGUGUGUGUGUUAAAGAGACAGACAGGGAGGGACAAAGAGAGAGAGAGGCUACAUUACUUGUACUGAAACUGUUCUCUUCUCUGUUUCAAUACAGCAAAGCGUUCAAUGACUUUCUCAUUGAAAUCAGGCAUGCUGAGGACUAGUUCCCUCUCCAUGGAAAGCAUGGCCAGUGCAUUCAGACGUUCCUGGCCCAUUGAAUUUCGCAGGAAUGUCUUAACUCGUGUCAAAGUUGAGAAACAUCUCUCAGCUUCAGCUGUUGUCAUGGGAGUAGUUAUGAGGAUGUUCAACAGAGUCACAGUCUCAGAGAACGUCUCCUGGAGGAUGUAGCUCAUGAGAACCUGGUACAGUGCCAGUGCACCACAGCAGCCCUUGAAUUCAGGAUUCUCAUAGUAAGGUAGCACUCACAAGGUGGCCAGAGAAAGAGAACCUUUCUUUGGUGUGAUCCAGGAUGGUGUUGCAGACCUCUUCAGACAGCCUCUGCUUCUCCUCUUCUCUCAAAGCUGUUCUGGGUCUUUUGGCUCCUGUUGCUUCUUGCAGCUGCUGUUGAGAGGAGUCCCUGAAGGCAAACAGACCAAUGUGUUUGUUGGCUUUGUACAGUAUUGUUGUCUAUGUGAUGCACAGGUAUAUGCAAUGUAUCCAUGUAUAGUACAAAUACUUCAGUUCCACUUAAAAUGGGCAGGGAUGCAUAAAGUCUUUAGUGUUUAAGUUAGCCUUUGUGUCUCACAUAGCCUGGAUGUUCAGCACAGUAUACAGUGGUGCUCAUAAGUUUAUGAGCCCAUGCUAAAGUUGACUAAAAAGAGGAAUAAAAAAGAAAAGAAAAUUGGUGUCCUUAAAGGUUGGAUUUUCCAACUUUUUUAAUUAAGUCAUUAAGAUCAAUUUCCAAAAGAUGAUUUUUUUAUUUUUUUAUUCCUCUUUUUAGUCAACUUUAGAAUGUGUUCAUACACUUAUGAGCACCACUGUACAGUACACAUAGUAUAUAAAAUAAGCUAGAUUACACCACUGGCCAUAUAUAAUGAGAAUAAUGUAAUUUCAAACACAAAUGCAGUCUCCUUUCAUGCAUACAUUUUCAAAUAAAGCUCUGCUUUGAGAAAGAUCGAAUGAUAUUGUUUAAUCUUACCUUAUGGCCUGCACACUGCUUGUGAAGCUGUCGAGGGCACGUUUGAUGAAGACAGCAUCGAUGUCCUUCUUCUGUAGCUUCUGGUACAGAAUGUCGACGUGGGGCAUGAUUUUGAGUUUGACUUUCUCGUCGUCGGCAAAAAGACCGUUCAGUCUCUCCAAAAGCACACUGGCGAUUGAGACUGAGGUUGAUUCCGAGAUGGGAAGGAACUCAAAAAAGCGCUCCUGCACUUUGUGGUUGGUAUCUAUGUACCUCAGCACAAGCACCAGCUGUGUCUGUGUAGAAACGUCCGUGGUCUCGUCAGCUUGGAUAGCUACGAAGUUCGCCGACUUCACCUCCUCCACAAUAUGUUCCCUCAUGACCGCUAGCAUACACUCCAGUAGCUCGUUUUGAAUGGUCUUUGAUGUGCCCUUGAAAACUUUAGCAUUUUUAAGAUGGUCAUCAAACACCUCAUCUAAUUGUGCCACAAAGUUGACAAGUCCAAGAAAAAUACCAGGGUUGGUGGAGCCCUCAGUUUCAUCUUUGCCUCGCAAAGCUAACUCAAACACUCCGCAAAACUUCACACACUGGAUUAGCCGGCUGAGGAUGUGGCGGUUCUUGCUAACCUCAUCGUUGUGGCGGCGGACAGCUAGCCUGUAUCCCUCAUCCAGUUGAGUGGCAAUGUUCACUCUCCCCAAAGCAGACAAUCUCAAACAGCUAUCCAUGUGGGUCUUUGACAGCUCAUGUUUCUUAAUCUUUUCUGAAAGAUGGUGCAUGUCCGUUACACCAGUCGCUGUCCAAGCGGUGCUGUCUGCCGUGCCGCCUUCAGGGUGAAAGAGUAAGCAGGGGGUAGCAGAAGACUGCAUUAGCUACAUCGCAGCCUGCUAGCCAGGUUUUUCGUUCAUACCAAUUUUUGGAAAAUCAUCGGGUGUAGGACUUUCCCCCUUUAGUAGAAACCUGUUGAAUUAUUAAAUUUGGUCUGGGAGGUCCUAAUUGUUUCGUUGCCAAUUUAUCUUGAUUUGUUCGCCGACAAAAAGGAACUUCUUUCAAAGAAACAAUCGAGUUGCACUGAACGCUAGCCAUCUUGACAGUAGUACGUGAAUUGAUUGACGCUGCUACCCGCUCUUUUCUUAGUUACGUUCAUGGUUAUGUUACGUAUGACGAAAGCGCGUAAGUGCAAGCCCUCCCGGAACCCAUAGAGAUUGUAUUGAAAGCUCUGAUAUUUGAAAAAAUAAGAUUUUACAUGAGAGUCUAUGAGAGACUUCUGGGGCGAUUUUCAACCUGACUGAAAUCGCCCCAAAAGGUGCGGGGCCAUUUGAAGCACGACUUUAGCCUGAUUGGACAUUUAGUGGCAGAUCAGACGUCUAGAUUAGAACACUGAUAACUACUGUUGCCGUGAUAUAAUUGAUUAGAAAAAAAAUCCCUUCCUUUUCCCGUUUGGCAGUGCGUCGCCCAUAUCGCCCUAAUGAACACACCGCCCCUGUUGUCUAGCAAUGAUCAACAACCAACUUGACAGAGCUUGAUUUUUUUUUUUUAAAGAAUAAAGCGCAAAUAUUAUACAAUCCAGGGGCCUCAUUUAUCAAUAUUGCGUAGAAACUAUUCUAAAAUACUACUUAGAAUGUUCGUACGCAUAGAAAAAGUGUGAUUUAUCAAACAAUCCUACGAGCGUCCUAUGCACACUGGUAGGAACCCUGACCUCAACCCAAUCGAACACCUUUGGGAUGAAUUGGAACGCCGAAUGCCGCAGCAACGUCCCAACAUCUAGUGGAAAGCCUUCCCAGAAGAGUGGAGGCUGUUAUAGCAGCAAAGGGGGGGACCAACUCCAUAUUAAUGCCCGUGAUAUUUUGGAAUGAGAUGUUCACAUACUUUUGGUCAUGUAGUGUAUGUAUGUACACGCAUUGGACAGACAAGUGUAGUGUAGGGUGCGACAAAGUAUUUCAAGAAACUGGAAAACAUAUAUCAAGCAAGUAUUUUUAUAUUCCACAAGUAUUAUCAGAUUAACUGUUUUGUACAGAUAAUUAUCGGACUCAAGUUACAAAUGCUGGUAAACACUCAAAUACAUUUAGUUUAAAACAUUUCACAAAAGCAGUGCACUGGGCCUUUACUGGUCCUGUAUUAGCAGACAGAUAUAGAAGUCUUCGGCGCGGGCAGCCUUAACAGCUACUUCCUGUAGGCACAUAGGCCAACACUGCUGUUCUGCAGAAUAAAGGAGUUCUGCAUUCCAUCUGGCCACCUUGCCACCACAUUCAGCAGCGUCUUUGCGCAUUAACCUGCAAAUAAGAGUGAAGCUUUCUGUUCAAGAGUGAACUUGUUUUAAGUGGUGCUUUUAGCCGUGUUAAUGGUUUCUUUUUAUAUACAUCUGAAUAUUUCCCCAUGCUGAUUUACUGGCUUCCUUUGUUGUUGUCAGGGGCUUUUUUAAAGUCGCACACUUCCUUUUUCCCUUCUGCAUUCCCCCUCUCGAUAUCCCUGCCCCCUGACCUCUUCACUUUUCUACUGCUACCCGACCUCUUCACUGUCUACGGGACCCUGCCCCCUGACCUUUUCCCUGUCUACUGCCCC